GACAUGCUUUUAAAGACGCCUGCGAUGGAUUGGUUUGUUUCAUUCUACUGAUGAGGUUGCGGACUAUGUCUUUUGCUGAUACAACAAAAGCACACACAAAUGAGCAUUUCCCCAGCCUGGCACUAGGAAGCAACAGGAAGUCUGCAGAAGGCAAGAGUAGCCCAGGCGCUGGCGACCUGUCACGGAACAGCAGGGCUUCCAAUGGGAGCGUGGAUUACAGCAGAUCUCAGUGCUCCUACAGAAGCCUGACCUCCCACUAUGACUAUUCAGAAGACUUUCUUUCUGAGUGCUCUGAAGCAGCCACCAACAGACAUGAGUUAGAGCAGCCUCUGGGGAAAGAAAAGGAGGAAAGAAAGUAUAGCCCUUCUAAAAUCCCCCAGCCUAAAGGCCAGAAGGACCUCCCAAUAGAGAAAAGGCACACCUGGAAUGCUUCAUUUCUCAAUUCUCAAAUUCAAACAGUUACCAAAAGAAGAGAUGCCAUGACACACCGCAUACUGUCAGCCCGACUUCAUAAGAUUAAAGAGCUGAAGAAUGAGCUAGCCGACACACGCCGGAAGCUGGAAGCCACUGCCACAGAGAACCAAUUCCUGAAGCAGCUUCAGCUCAGGCAUGCAAAAGCCAUCGGGAGAUACGUGAGCUCACAAGACAGCCUGCCGCAGGUCACAGUUAGACACCAGAAUGAGGUGAGGAGCCUGCGGCAGCUCCUUCGGAAAUCCCAGGAGAAGGAGCGAGCUGUGGCGAGGAAGCUUCGAGAGACUGACAGUGAGCUGCUGAGGACCAGAGAUGCCUUGCAGGCCCUACAGAAACUUUCAGAAGACAAGAGCCUUGCGGAAAGAGAAGAACUGACUCACAGGUUGACUGUUCUGACAGCCAAAAUGGAGGCAAAUGACAAAAAAAUACAGAACUUGGAAAAACAGCUGAGGCUGAACAAUCGAUCCUUUGGUCGGCAGUUGGCCAAAGAAAACCGGAAGACAUUAACGGCCCAAACAGCAACAAAGACUCUGCAGGGAGAAGUGCGGCAGCUGCAGCAGAAACUUAAGGAGAAGGAUCGUGAGCUGGAAAUUAAAAACAUCUACACUAAUCGAAUACUUAAAAACUUACAUGAAAAGGAAGACUACCCAAAAGUUUCUUCAACAAAAUCAGUACAAGCAGACAGAAAAAGUUUGCCGUCUAUAAAUAUGAGACACCAGGAAACCCAAAAGUCAGAUGUGCCACUGUGGACAGCAAAGGGUAAAAAGACAACAGGAAACAUUGGCCAUAAAGAAAAACCAACUGAAAUAAACCACGACGUUUCUUGCUAUAUGUGUAAACUACCAAAACAAGAGGAGUCUAAGCGAAACUAUGAAGAUUUAUCAAAGGAGGUUGAACACCCAAAACCACAAGCCUGUCUGGAAACUCUUAGGAAGCAAGAAGAGAAAAGGAAAGAUCAAGAAAAGAAAGUCAUCCCACCAGAAGUAGAGCCAAUUGCAAGGGCAAGUGUGGCCCCUGCAGACCCAGAGGGCGAGGCUCCGGCCAGGGAAGUGGCUGCGGUGGCUGCGGUGGCUGCGGUGGUCCAAGAGGGAGCGGCCGAUGAUGUGGAGCCUGGGCCAGCCCCGAACAAGACCCCUCGGCCAAGGAAGCACUACUCCUUCACCGAGGCCACUGAGAACCUGCACCAAGGGCUGCCCACAUCCUGUGGGCAGGCCUCGGGCAGCCCACGCUGCCGCCACGGCAUGGGCAAGCACCGCAGCGACCAGGACUUGCGGCUGGAGCCCGCCAGCUACGAGCCCUCUUUCGGCAAGGCCACCAGGGUCAAAGCCAAGGAGCCAGCCUUCCGGGACAAGAAGAGCAGCCUCAUGGAGGAGCUCUUCGGUGCAGGCUUCGCGGGCAGGAGUGGCCCCACCAAUGGCGAGGUGACUGGCAAGGCCCAGCAGCUCGGACCCAGCCAGGCCUCUGCCAGCAACGCCUUCGGGGACUCCAGAGCCACCGUGGUGCGGUCCUGCCAGGCCUCACCAGCCGAAGGAAACAGGAAAACGGUUAUUUAA